UAUAGCUGACCAUAAAAAAAAAAAUAAUCGAAGUCGUCCACAUGGAAACCGAGUGGCCUGAAAUCUUUCUAUCUUGUGUCUUUCUUUGAUAAUCUCCAACCACCCGUAUUGAAGCAAGAUGUUAUCUUCAAUACUUUCACCUAAAACAUUUCUUCAGUUUCAGCUUUAGCUUUUGUUGUUUGCUUACUGAAUCUUUUUCUCUCUUUCUUUCAACAUGGGGAGUUGUUUGUCUAUAGGAGUUUCUGGUGAUGAUCUGAUACGUAUCUUUAGCUACUUAUGCGGUGAAGGUUAUAUUCGAAACCUAAGGGAUAAUCUCAAGAAUCUGGAGAGGGAAAUGGAAGAUCUCAAAGCAAUUGAAGAUGACGUGCAGAACAAGGUUGCGACAGAGGAGAGACAACUUCGACAAAUGCGUGAAUCUGUCAAGUUAUGGCUUGGACGUGUCGAGAAAACCGAUACAGAGUUUAAAGAUCUGCUUCGUAUUAGUCCCACUGAGCUUCAAAAUUUGUGUCUCUGUGAUUUGUUGUCAAAAGAUGUACGUUCAAGCUACAAUUAUGGGAAAAGCGUAUCCUUGUUGUUGGAAGAGGUUAAGAAACUCAAAUCGGAGGGUCAUUUUGGAGAGUUUACUGACCCAUCAUCUGAAAUAGUGGAGAUGCCUACUCAGCCUACGGUUGGUCAGGAAGAAAUGCUCGAGAAGGCGUGGAAUCGCCUAAAGGAAGAUAGAGUCGGAAUCAUGGGCCUGCACGGUAUGGGUGGUGUUGGGAAAACUACCCUUUUCAAGAAAAUCCACAAUAAGUUCACUGAAAUAUCUGGUACGUUCGACGUAGUGAUCUGGAUCGUGGUAUCUCAAGGCGCAACGAUUUCAAAGCUUCAAGAAGAGAUUGCAGCAAAACUACACCUUUAUUGCGACGAGAACAAAAAUGAAAGUGAUAAGGCCGCUGAUAUAUACAAAUAUUUAAAUAAGAAGAGUUUUGUUUUGAUGCUAGAUGAUAUAUGGGAGGAAGUGGAUUUAGAAGCCAUUGGAAUUCCGUUUCCAACCAGAGAAAAUGGAUGCAAAGUAGCAUUCACCACUCGUUCUCAAGAAGUAUGUGGGCGGAUGGGGGAUCAUGACGCAAUGGAAAUCAAAUGUUUGGAACGAGAUGAAGCAUGGGAAUUGUUUAAAAGCAAAGUCGGAGACAAUACAUUAAGUAGAGAUCCAGGCAUUGUCAAGCUAGCAAGAAGGGUUGCUGAUAAGUGUCGUGGUCUGCCACUAGCGCUUAAGGUAAUUGGUAAGGCAAUGUCAUCUAAAACUACAGUACGAGAAUGGGAGCAUGCAAUGGAUGUUUUGACAAGAUCCGCUGCAGAGUUUUCUUCUGACAUGGAAAAUAAAAUUCUUUCAAUUCUGAAGUUCAGCUAUGAUAGCUUGGGGGAUGAACAAAUCCAGUCUUGUUUCUUGUAUUGUGCUCUGUUUCCAGAAGAUGAAUUGAUAGAUGUUGAUGACUUGAUACACUUAUGGAUAUGCGAGGGAUUCCUGGGGGAAUACCAAGUUAUAAAAGAAGUGUAUAAUAAGGGUUAUGCAAUGCUUCGUACCCUUAUCCGUGCAAAUUUGCUCGCAGAGAUUGGCACAGAAUUGGUUGUGAUGCAUGACGUGGUUCGUGAAAUGGCUCUGUGGAUUGCAUCCGAUUUUGGGAAACAGAAAGAGAAUUUUGUUGUCCAUGCAAACGUCGGAUUAGUUGAAAUACCAGAAGUCAAGGAUUGGGGAGCUGUGAGAAGGAUGUCAUUAAUGAAGAAUCAUAUUAAAGAGAUAACAUGCAGCAGUUCCAAGUGUACUGAACUUACAACUCUGUUCCUUCAAGAGAAUCAAUUGAAGAAUCUCUCCGGUGAAUUCCUUCAGUCUAUGAAAAAGCUAGUUGUUUUGGAUUUGUCGAAGAAUUCCAACUUGAGUGAACUUCCAGAGCAGAUAUCAGAGCUGGUCUCCUUGCAGUAUCUUGACUUGUCUUAUACAAGUAUAGAAAAACUGCCGGUUGGUCUCCAAGAGUUGAAAAAGCUAACUCACCUGCUUUUACAUGCUAUAAGGAAACUUUGUAGUAUCAGUGGGAUAUCAAGGUUGGUGAGUUUAAGAGUGUUGAGUCUGUUUGGAUCUAAUGUUCAUGGAGAUGUUAGUUUAUUAAAAGAGCUGCAGCUCUUGGAGAAACUACAAGAGCUAAUGAUAACGGUGUCGGCUGAGUUAAGUUUGGAGAAAAUAUUAUUAGGGGAUCAAAGGUUGGCAAACUGCAUAACAUAUCUGGAGAUUAUCGAUUUUCAAGAAAAGCCACUCGAUUUAUCAUCCCUGGAGAGUAUUGAGAAUCUUCGUGUGCUAUACCUGAAAAGUAGCCAUGUCUCGGAUAUUAAUAAUCCGACAAUUCCAUGCUUUACCAACCUCUCAACAAUGAUAAUAAGUGAGUGCCAUAGCAUGAAGGAUCUCACUUGGAUAUUGGUUGCUCCAAAUCUUUGCUCGCUAUGUAUUUCAGAUUCCGUAGCAGUGGAAGAAAUAAUAAACAAAGAGAAAGCAACCGAUCUUACAGGUAUUGCCCCACUUCUGAAACUAGAAUUAUUAGGUUUGGAUAAUUUGUCGAAGCUGGAGAGUAUCUACCGGAGUCCUCUCCCCUUUCCAUUUUUGAGGCGCAUAUUUGUAUGGAAGUGUCCAAAGCUCAGAAAGUUUCCCUUAAAUGCUACAAGUGUCCCACAAGUUGAUGAAUUUAACAUUAAAAUGGAGGAAACUGAGCUUGAGUGGGAGGACGAAGAUACCAAAAAUCGAUUCUUGCCUUCGUUAAAUCGGCCAAAUCGGUUCAUUGUCUAAAGAUCCAUUACUCAAGAUUGGGAUUCUUCACUGCGAAAAUCAGAAUCAUCGCUUCGUCUUACUAUUGCUGUCUCUUUCUUCUUCCUCUAGUGUGUGUGUUUGUGUGCUGUUCAUUUGGAUUUAAUGUUAUUCAUUGUCUUAUUGUAUUUCUUAUUGGAUUUUACGUUUGGGUUUUGAUUUAUUUAGAUCAAAAUGCCAAGCUUGUAUCUUUUGCAUUUCUAUUUCAUCUUGCAGCUUGUUUGUGUUUAUUCAUUUGGUUUGGCGAUGGUUAUUUUUGUUAAGUCUUUAUCUAAAUCCAAGUGGCUCCCUCAAUCAGAGUAUUUUUUUU